AUGACUACCCAAACAGAAAAAGAGCCAUCUCCCCUCCCAACCCCGGACGCCGGCCGUCUUCCUACGGCAGCGACGGCGGACGACAGCACUGCGCCAACACCAAUAGACAUCCUCGAAAUCGAAGCCCCUUCCCCUUCCUCCCCAUCGCCCUCCAUCGCCCUCGAACACAGCAAAUCCGCAUACCUAGUACUAGCCGGGUGCGUGCUAAUCCAAGCACCAAUAUGGGGGUACUCCCUCGCCUUCGGCAUCUUCCAAGAGCACUACACCACGCACCCGACGAUUCUCGGCCCCAACUCCCCGGGCACAAUCGCCAGCAUCGGCACCACACAGACCGGAAUCCUAUAUCUCAUGAUGCCGAUAACCUUCACGCUUCUAACCAAAUACCCACACCUCCGACAAUGGUGUCUCCGCCUCGGCCUCGUCCUAACAACCGGCUGUCUAACCGCGUCCUCAUUCGCAACAUCAGCCGGCUGGCUAGUCGCCACACAAGGCGUGCUACACGCAAUCGGAUGCGGUCUACUAUUCAGUCCAACGUCGCUAUACCUCGACGAAUGGUUCAGCGCGCGGAAAGGGUUAGCGUACGGGGCGAUGUGA